AUGGCGGUCAACGAGAUAUUCCAGUACUCCAUCAUCUCGGCCUUGAUGGACGGCGUCGCCUCCAAGGGCCUACCGGUAUCAGACCUCAUCUCCCACGGAAACCAAGGCCUGGGAACAUUCCGCUACAUGGUCGGCGAGAUGAUCAUCCUCGACGGAAAGCUCUACCAAAUGAAGUCAGAUAACACCGUGACCCCAAUCGACACGAGCCCGGCCUCCGAUGCUGUCGCCCCAUUCGCCAUGGUCACCCGCUUCCAGCCCACAGCAACAAUCAAGGCCGCGUUCAACAACAAGAAGGAGCUCUUUGAGCACCUUUCACAAGACUUUCCUGACUCGAAAAACUUCUUCCUCGCCAUCAGGAUUGAGGUGUCUUCAAAGCCCGGCGAGAGCCUGACUGAGGUCGGCAAGCACCAGGCGUCGCACACCUUUGAGGAGCCGGUGCGGGGUACUGUCGUCGGCUUCAGGUCACCAGAGUAUACUAUGGGCAUCAGCGUCGCCGGCGAUCAUCUUCACUUCAUUACCGAGGACCGAACUCAGGGUGGGCAUAUCCUGUCUUUUGGUACGGACGGCGAGGUCAAGAUUGGUGCCGCGCAAAUUUCAAAGUGGCACGUCGAGCUGCCGACGAAUGAUCCAGAGUUCAACAAGGCUGCACUGGAGGGCGAUAAGGAGGGUAUCGCUGCCGUGGAGGGCUAGCAGCAGCCGUGGAGCAGUAUAGAAACAUUCGAUAAUAAUCCUAAUGAUUGAUAACGUCGUACCAAUAUCAUGGACAUUUUCGACGUGGUUGCAAUGCGAGGGGAGAGAAGAGAGAAGAUAC